AUGCAGGAAGGAUUGGUUAGCCUUUUGAUUAUUAGUGUUGCAUUGUCUCAGUUGAUUGAUAUUGGAUACAGUGAAACAAGAUAUAAUGUUCUUGAUUAUGGUGCAAUUGGAGAUGGCCAAACGGAUGAUUCCGAGGCUUUUGUAAAAGCAUGGAAAGCUGCAUGCGGAACAGCUGAAGCUGGUGACUUAACAACACUCAUUGUACCUCCAGAAACAUUCUCAUUGCAGCCUGUGAUAUUUGCAGGCCCUUGCACUUCUAAGACAAUGCAUUUUGUGGUCCUGGGGAAUGUGGUGGCACCCAAAACGCUGGAUGCAUGGAAGAAGUGCCCAUCACAUGGCUGGCUCGAAUUUGUAGGUGUGACCAAUCUCAUAAUCAAUGGUUCAGGAACAAUCGACGGCCAGGGUUCAGCUUGGUGGAGGAAUGAGAACAACUGCAAAAGACCAAAGGGUAUAAACUUUCACAAAUGUGAUAAUCUUGAGUUAAAUCUGCUUACUCAUGUAACUUGCACUCUAUUACAAUUUACAGAAGAUGAUCUUAUCCGGAUCUCACCCGCCCAGCUGAAUUCCUCUCCCAAUUCCAGCACAAUUUCAAAACCACGAGUUGUAGUACGUUGUUACGACAUUGCCAACUUCGAUGACACCUAUGCUUUUGCCGAUAACCAGCUCCGAGUAAGUCAUGAUGCCGACCGGACUUUGAAGAAGAAGGAAGAAGAAGGAUCCGGAUGGAUGCCACCGGAGAGGAUCCUAUUCCAUAAUUUACAACAUACCUACAACACUACUUUCAAAUACUCAUAA